CUGAAGACAUCGAUCUUGGCUCCACCAUCUCCUGAAAGAACUCCUAUGUCUAUGUUCUCUUCUACUAGGGGUCGACAAUUCAACCAAGUAGGCACAACUAGACAACAAUCACGACCUUCGAGCAAAGCCAUUUCAACAUCCGAUAGCGGUCACAGUAGUGAAGAUGAGGAGUUCUCACUUCGAUAUCAAGAAACAGGUAUGGUUCCUGGUCCGGUAUCAAGAAGAAACCAGUAUAAAAGACGAGAUAACUACUACGUGACACGGCUUCGUAAUUCUAAUUCCUCCCGUCUCUCCACUGAACAACCUGCAAGAC